AUCCCUUUUAAAAUAACUCGCUGCCAAGAUGUCGGUACACACUUCGCUUAACAGACAGGACAGUGACAGCCUGGAGGGCUAUCAGAAAAGCUCGUCGCCAAGUGGCCUCACCCACAGCAGCCGACUUAGAACACACCUGAAGUCAAAUACGUCAGAGAGUGAGAAUCAUGGUCCAGUGCUGAGUGCUGGAAGUAAAACCAGAGACAUAAAUAGCACUUACAUUAUCUCUGCCUGUAAAAAAGCAAGAGAGAUGCCGGUUGCCCCUGACCGCAGUAGACUGACCCUUCAGAGAAGGGCUACUUGGAACAAAGAGUCUUCUUUACUUGGUAGUGAGUUGGGAGACACCACUGGGCAAAACACAGACACAAGUCUCAGGUUACAACGUCGUCAUCAUGCUAAAACAGAUUUCGUGGAAAAGUUGGGAACAGCGUGUACCGUGGGAGGUGACACGGAAAAUAUCUGUGCUUCACAGGGAACUAGGACCAAAGCCAAGCUUGUGAGCAACCACAACACUGGUGCCAUGCCCCCUGUAGUGUCCACGGAAGGCUCAAGUGGCGCUGGAAUGAUGGUUGGUGAAGAACGCAAAGACACACUUCCUGCCCUCGGUACAGCAAAUGAAAGGGAGACAGUUAAGAACUCAAACAUCGGUCUGCCUGCCGGCUCCCAGUGUCAAACUGUCUCGGUGAGAUCAGGUCACCCAGCAGUGAAACCCACUGAGGACAAGCUCGAUGUCAGAGUGUCAGGAGCAGGAGAGUCACACCAUGGAAAUGGCGGGAAGGACAUUGCAAAAACUGUCCUGAAGUGUGGAAGCUUGGAAACAAGGGCGCCUGUGCGAUGUGUUUCCCAACACAGAUUGACACCGAGGCAUGACCUGCCUCCGCCUAAAAGCCCAGCCGUAUCUACCCUGAGAAACAGGGUGGCAAGCCCUCAGGUUAGACAAAGGCCCAAAAGUUCUCUUCUUGCAAAUAAAAGGGACCGCUCACAAGAAAGUACGCUCCCUCCAGAAGAACAAUCGGCUCUUCAGAAUACCUUCACGGAAGCAGACCCCUUAAGGGUAGAAAAUAGUCAAGUGACAGUGGCUGUUCGAGUGAGGCCUUUCAGCAAACGCGAGAAGAUGGAGAGAACAUCCCAGGUUGUCUUCAGAAGUGGGGAAGAAAUCACCGUGGAGCAUCCCGACAUGAAGCAAGUGUAUAGUUUUACCUACGAUGUUUCGUUCUGGUCUUUUGAUGACUGUCACCCUGGCUAUGCUAGCCAGAGGACGGUGUAUGAGAGGCUGGCGGUACCACUCCUACAAAGAGCUUUUGAAGGUUACAAUACCUGUCUCUUUGCUUACGGCCAGACGGGCUCCGGAAAGUCGUACACGAUGAUGGGACUUAAUGAAGAGCCAGGAAUAAUUCCCAGAUUUUGUGAAGAUCUUUUUGCUCAAGUAGCCAAAAAGCAAACCUCCCAGGUCAGCUACCAUCUUGAAAUGAGCUUCUUUGAAGUUUAUAAUGAGAAGAUUCACGACCUUCUGGUGUGUAAAGGUGAAAACUCGAAGAGAAAACAACCACUGAGAGUGAGGGAGUGCCCUGUCUCUGGACCAUACGUUGAAGGUCUGUCCAUGAACGUUGUCAGUUCUUACUCUGAUAUUCAGAGUUGGCUGGAGCUGGGAAAUAAGCAAAGAGCAACGGCGGCUACCGGCAUGAACGACAAAAGCUCUCGAUCCCACUCGGUUUUCACCCUGGUGAUGGCCCAGACCAAGACAGAGGAGGUAGAAGGGGAAGACCAUGACCACAGGAUCACAAGCCGCAUCAACCUAAUAGAUUUGGCCGGCAGUGAGCGCUGUGUUACAGCCCACAGCAGUGGGGAGCGACUGAAGGAAGGUGUGAGCAUUAACAAGUCUUUGCUGACUCUGGGGAAGGUCAUAUCUGCGCUCUCUGAUCGAGCAAACGGGAAGAGGGUUUUCAUUCCAUACCGCGAAUCUGUUCUUACGUGGCUAUUGAAAGAAAGCCUGGGUGGAAAUUCAAAGACAGCAAUGAUUGCUACUGUGAGCCCUGCAGCCAGCAACAUAGAGGAAACCCUAAGCACGCUUAGGUACGCCACCCAAGCCCGUCUGAUAGUCAAUGUCGCCAGAGUCAAUGAAGAUAUGAAUGCAAAGCUAAUUAGAGAAUUGAAAGCAGAAAUUGAAAAGUUAAAAGCUGCUCAGAGAAACAACCGGAAUGUUGACCCUGAACGGUAUAGAGUCUAUCGACAAGAGAUAACAUCCUUACGGAUGAGGCUGCAUCAGCAGGAGAGAGACAUGGUAGAAAUGCAAAGGGUAUGGAAAGAAAAGUUUGAACAAGCUGAAAAGAGAAAACUUCAAGAGACAAAGGAGUUACAGAAAUCUGGAGUUACUUUUCAAAUGGACAACCAUUUGCCAAACCUUGUUAAUCUCAAUGAAGACCCCCAGCUGUCAGAGAUGCUACUAUACAUGGUAAAGGAAGGAAUAACUACAGUCGGGAAGUAUAAGGCAGACUCAAGCCACGACAUCCAGUUAUCGGGAGUGCUGAUUGCAGAUGACCACUGCACUAUCAGAAAUUUUGGAGGAACAGUGAGUAUUGUCCCGGCUGGAGAAGCGAAGACAUACGUAAAUGGGAUGCAUAUCGUGAAGCCCACAGUUUUACAUCAUGGUGAUCGGGUGAUUCUUGGUGGUGAUCAUUAUUUUCGAUUUAAUCAUCCUGUCGAAGUCCAGAAAGGGAUGAGACCGUCGAGUAGACAUAAUCUCACAAUCGAAGGUCCAAAAGACUUUGAGUUUGCCAAAAACGAGUUACUUCGGGCACAGAGGUCACAGCUUGAAGCAGAGAUUAAAGAUGCCCGGUUGAAGGUAAAGGAGGAAAUGAUGCAGGGGAUUCAAAUCGCAGAAGAAAUGGCUCAGCGAGAACUCUCCUCCCAAAAAGCUGCGUACGAAAGCAGAAUCCAGGCCCUUCAAGCAGAGCUGAGAGAAGAGUCGAAAAGGAAGAAAAUGGAGGAAAUCAAUAACCGAAAAGCUAAUGACAAAAUUGAGGAGCUGGAAAAGGCGAAGCAGCAUCUUGAACAGGAAGUGUAUGUGAACAGAAGACGGCUGGAGAUGGAGACUUUGGCUACAAAGCAGGCUUUGGAGGACCAUAGCAUCCGCCAUGCAAGAAUCCUAGAAGCUUUAGAAAAUGAAAAGCAAAAAAUUGCCAGAGAAGUACAAAUUCUUCAGGAGAAUCGGGGAAAUAGGGAUAAAACUUUCACAAUUCAGCCAAAUUGGAACUCCAUGAAACUCUCCAUGAUGAUCCAGGAAGCUAAUGCCAUCAGUGACAAAUUCAAAAAAUACUAUGUUUUUGGCAGACACGAUACAUCAGACGGAGGUCAUUCUGGUACUUCUGUUCGAGUUCGUAACCUGCAGCUUGGGAUCUCGACUUUCUGGAGUCUGGAAAAGUUUGAAUCUAAACUUGCAGCAAUGAAAGAGCUUUAUGAGAGUGACGGUGGUAACCAGGCUGAGGAUGUCUUUUGUGACCCUGAAGAUGAGUGGGAACCCGACAUUACAAAUACGCCAGUUUCUUCCCUUUCUAGAAGGAGGAGCAGAAGUUUGAUGAAGAAUGGGCGAGUUUCUGGUUGUUUGCAUGACAUACAGGUCCAUCCGAUCCAGAAUCUGCACUCCUCACACUUGUCAGGUUUAAUGGAAAAACCAAGCACCGUUUACUCAAAUUCAUCAGAAUCGUUUCUUUCUGGAAUUUGCAAAGAAUUGAUUGGUUCAUCAAUAGACUUUCUUGGACAGAGUUAUGAGGAAGAAAAAACUGUAGCAGAUAGCCUGAUAAAUAAUCUCCUUAAACUUUAUAAUGGGCUGUUUGCCAUUUCCAAAGCCCAUGAAGAACAAGACGAAGACAGUCAGAAUAACUUGUUUGCUUCUGACCGGGCGGUACAGGCAUUCUCUGUCCAGAUUGCUUGUGCCUUUGAGCAGCUUGUAGUUUUGUUCAAACACUGGUUGGGUGAUUUCCCACCUGGCACCAGCUCAGCGAGGCUUGAAGAUGAAUUGAGACAAGAUCUUAAAAAACUGGGAGGCUAUUUACAAUUGUUUUUGCAGGGGUGCUGUUCGGAUAUUUCAUCGAUGGUACAAGAGGCUCAAAACAAAGUCAUCCAGAUUAUACAGCAGGCUGUUCAGUGUGUGGGUCAGCUAGCUGUUCUGAAAGGGAGCACGCUCUGUCUUCUGGAGAACAGCAACAAGAUUCCCAGUACCCAGGAGUUCACAGCUGCCCUCCAGGACGGCGUAGCCUUGGGAUUGGAAAGCCUCCUAGAUUCCGGGCUGGAAAAGGCACAGGAAUUGGAGCGAGACCUCUCAAGGCAGAGUGCACACGAGGAGGUCACCGAGCGGAUGAAGGCUAAUGCUGUGGAACUGGUCGGGUCUCUUGCGGACAUCUUUGCCGAAUGGAGACUAAAAAACUUCAGAACUCAAAUACAAGAAAAUUCUAGACAACAAGGUUCCAAGAUGCUAACUCUCCCAUCAGAAUUCUUGAAGUUAAAAUAUUGUUUGGAGAAAACCAUUGAGAUUAUUACAUCUGCGCUGAGCGGGUGCCCCAGUGACCUGCACUGCCUCAGAAGCUGCACUGAAACUCUCUGCAGCCUGGCUCACAAACUUCACAGUGACGUCACUGAGCCUUCUGCUUCUGCCGGCAGCCACAGGGAUAAAGUACCUCGGGCUGCUUAUGGAGAGCUAGAAGCUCUGGCCAAAUCACUCCUCUCGUGUUUUGAACAUGGAGAAAGACCUGGUUUGUGCAAACCCCAGGAAUCUUGUAACCAAAACAGCAAGGAAGAACAGCAUGAGCCAAGCGUGGCUGACAGCAGCGGGCAUGUGUCAACACAGGCCUGUGACCUACACAGAGACCCAGGCCCGGGCCCGGGCCCAGCGGCGUCCUCUCGGGGCUGUACCCGCAACAGGAUUCAGUGGGUGUGAAACUUUGCAUACGCACCUUGUGACCAUUCAUGACCAAAAAGAGCGCUCGGUGA